GAGUCGAGUCGCUGCCGGGGCUGGAACGGAGAUGCAGCCGCCCUCCCGAAAAGUGAAGCCGGCCCAGGAGGUGAAGCUUCGCUUCCUGGAGCAGCUGAACAUCCUUCAGACUCGGCAGCAGCGGGAGGCAGAUCUGCUGGAGGACAUCAGAUCCUACAGCAAGCAGAGGGCAGCCAUUGAACGGGAGUAUGGGCAGGCACUCCAGAAACUGGCUGGGCCAUUCCUGAAGAGGGAAGGGUACCGGAGUGGAGAGAUAGACAGCAGGAUGGUGUUUGGUGCCUGGCGCUCUCUGCUGGAUGCCACCGUGGCUGGGGGCCAAGCCCGGAUCCAGGCGUCUGACCGAUACCGUGACCUGGCAGGGGGCACAGGGCGGAGUGCCAAGGAGCAGUUGCUGAGGAAGGGGGCAGAGAACCUCCAGAGGGCACAGGCCGAGGUGCUGCAGUCUGUCCGGGAGCUGAGCCGAAGUCAGAAGCUAUAUGGGCAGCGGGAACGCGUGUGGACAUUGGCACAGGAGAAGGCGGCUGAUGUCCAGGCCAGGCUGAACCGGAGUGACCAUGGGCUCUUCCACACUCGGACCAGUCUCCAGAAACUCAGCGCCAAGCUCUCCACACAAUCGGCCCAGUACUCCCAGCAGCUGAAAGUGGCCCGCAAUGAGUACCUGCUCAACUUGGUGUCCACCAAUGCCCACCUUGAACACUACUACCAGGAGGAACUGCCCGGGCUGCUCAAGGCCCUGGUCAGCGAGCUGUUGGAACAUUUGAGGGACCCUCUGACCUUAUUGAGCCGCACUGAGCUGGAAGCAGCAGAGAUGGCCCUGGAGCAUGCCCGCCGUGGAGCACAGGCAACCUCCCAGGUAAGCUGGGAGCAGGAUCUGAAGCUCUUUCUUCAAGACCCCGAGGUAUUUUCCCCCAUACCACCUCAGAAGUUUCAGCCCGCAGGGAAUGACCAGGUAUGUGCCUUGGAGCUGGAGGGGGUUACUGGAGGUGUGGCUGGGGAGAGUGACCUGGAGAAAGAGGUUCAGCGCUGGACGAGUCGAGCUGCCCGGGACUACAAGCUCCAGAACCACGCGCUUCGGGUGCUGCAGCGGCUGGAGCAGAGGCGGCAGCAGGCUCCAGAGCGGGAGGCUCUGAGCAUAGAGCAACGGCUGCAUGAAGUAAGGCAGAGCAUCCUGCGGGCACAGGUGAGCCAGGUGAAGGGGGCUGCCCGGCUGGCCCUGCUGCAGGAGGCUGGCCUGGAUGUACAGCACUGGCUGAAGCCAGCCAUGACCCAGGCCCAGGACGAGGUGGAGCAGGAGCAGCGGCUCAGCGAGGCCCGGCUGUCCCAGAAGGACCUCUCUCCCACGGCUGAGGAUGCUGAGUUCUCUGACUUUGAGGAUUGUGAGGAGACUGGAGAGCUCUUUGAGGAGCCCGUUCCCCCAGCCCUGGCGACCAGACCCUUCCCCUGCCCCGCACAUGUGGUGUUUGGUUAUCAGGCAGGACAUGAGGAUGAGCUGACUAUCACAGAAGGCGAGUGGCUGGAGGUCAUAGAGGAGGGAGAUGCUGACGAAUGGGUCAAGGCUCGGAACCAACACAACGAAGUAGGCUUUGUUCCUGAGCGCUAUCUCAACUUUCCCGACCUCUCCUUCCCUGAGAGUGGCCACGGCAGCAACAAUCCCUUAGGGGCAGAGCCCACAGCAUUCCUGGCCCGUGCCCUGUACAGCUACACGGGACAGAGUGCAGAGGAGCUGAGCUUCCCUGAGGGAGCACUCAUCCGCCUGCUGCCCCGGGCCCAGGAUGGAGUGGAUGAUGGCUUCUGGAGGGGAGAAUUUGGGGGCCAUGUUGGGGUCUUCCCCUCCCUGCUGGUGGAGGAGCUGCUUGGUCCCCUAGGGCCACCUGAGUCUUCAGACCCUGAACAGAUGCUGCCAUCCCCUUCUCCUCCCAGCUUCUCCCCUCCUGCACCCACCUCUGCCUUGGAUGGGGCCCCCGCACCUGUCCUGUCUGGGGACCAAGACCUGGACUGCCCUGGACCCCUGGACAUGAUGGUGCCUCGACUCAGGCCGGUGCGCCCACCGCCUCCCCCGCCAGCUAAAGCCCCAGAUCCUGGCCGUCCAGAUCCCCUCACCUGAAGCCAGGGGUACGACUGCCCCCGCCGAGAUGCUGCUGCUGCCCUGUCUCCGUGCUGUCAGAGACCACCCUCCAGUGAUCCGGAGUGACACAGCCAGAAGCUGGAAUCUCCCCUAUUUCUGCUCUUAUCUCCAGGGGUCGAAACUGCCCCUUUCCCAAUUCUGGGUCUGGGACUCCUUCUUUUCCCCACAUUGUCCGUCCUCUUACUGUCUCUAGAGCUUGAACUACCCCUUACUUUUUUAUCACCACUCCAGCUCUAGAGUGGUGAAAUACCCUGAAAUCUCUGGGGCUGGACCCCAUCCCCCAAAGUCUUGAGAGGCUCUGGACAGUCUGUCUCCACCCUGGCUCUGUGACCCACCCCAUUCCAGAUGCCAGGGCCACAGGGUUUGGGGGCUGGGACGGGGCGGACCUGUCAGAAGGAGUUGGAGCCAUUAUGUGAAACAACUGUAAUGGUCUGAGCAGAUUUAUUGACAGUGAAUAAAGGGCAUGAUGCCCAAGCCAGGGCUUGGGCCUCUUGUGCCAAGAGGGCA